CGUUAUAUUGUACUAUUAUUAUUCUCUCACGUCAUGGCCUCUUCAACUCAAGAGCAACAACACCAACUCCUACCGAACCUUUAUGGAGGCGCCACCUCAGCUCCGCCGCCAACACCAGCGGCGCACCACGACAACCUCCUGUCCUCUUCUGAUACCGCCGACGCGCUCUCGCGCCUCCUCCACCGCCUCCCGCCCACGCUCUCCCUCCCCACGCGCCGCUCAUCCUCUUCCUCCUCCGCCGCCACACGUCUCCCUUCCCUCUCCUCCCUAAAAGACAUCUUCUCCGGUGUCUCGCAACUCGGUUACGCGCAACUCACAGAUCACUCGGUUCCCCCCGAGCUCGCCAACGCGGCCGAGUCGGAAGCCCUCGCGCUCUUCGACCUUCCUCGCGACCAGAAAGAGUCUCUUAUCCUAGAAAGCUGGCCUCUCGGCUACGGCCGCGGCGACGAAGACGACGACGAAGAACUCGUCGAGUCAUUCCGCUUCGACUCCGCGUGCUCGACUGAGUCGACCGAGCUCUCUCUAGCCUCUCUGCGCGAGUUCGCACGCGCGCUGGAGAACCUGGGGUUGAAGAUCGUUGAUGAGUUAACCAAUGCCUUGGGAUGCGAAAAUCCGACGCGGGAUGACCCGACCCGCUUACGUUCUCUCCUAUGGAUUUCGGAGUCUGUGCCAGGAAACAAAUCGGGUGGGUUUUACCCGUUUAUAAUCGGGCUACAGUACCAGAUUAGGAAUCAGAAGUACUCGAUGCUGUCGGAUUCGGGAUGGGUUUCUGUGCUACCACACGUGGAGUCGAUUUUGGUCACUGUUGGUGAUAUUGCUCAGGUGUGGAGCAAUGGGAAGUUGAAGAAAGUUAGAGGCAGACCAGUUGCAACAGUGGGAGAGGAAAAAGGUUCACGGAGCAUAACAAUGUCGUUGCUGAUAACUCUUCCGACAGAAAGCAGAGUGGCUCCACUUGUUCCGAAAGCAAGCUAUGAGAGAAAGGAAGAGGUUGAAGAAGAAAAAGAGUGUGGUGAUGAAGGAGAAGAGAAGGUGUUCAAGUCUUUCGAUUUUGACGACUACGCUUGGAGGGUAUACCACGAACUCAUCCUUUUCAAUGAUCCAUUGGAUAGGUAUCGUGUUGCUUAGAAGUUGCAGAUGAAGUUGUUGUUCUCAGCCAUCUCUUUUUGUGAAAUUCAUUAAUUUCUGAUGUCAGUGAUGUUGGUCCAGUUUUAGAUGGGUGAAAGGACUACAAUAAUGAGAUGUAUAUGCUUCAUUUAUUUAUUGGAUUGAUUUUGAAGUUA